AAAUCACAAAUCUCAUCCCAUCCCAUCAAAUGGCAGCCCCAUUCAGACCCGCCCAGCAAGACUUUUAUUUUGCCCAGGAAUUUACCACUACUGCCACUGCUGCUGGGAAUUCAACUCUGCCACCGCUCCAUUCCCAUUGCCCUUUCCGAUUCAAUUUCCAUUUCCACCCGGAAAUCAAAUUUUAGUUCGCAAAAGAAAAGAAAAGACAAAAAAAAAAAAGAGCAGUCAAGCGUGGGUUUUUGCUGACUCCCUCCUCUGCCUCUCUUCCGUGUCCGCGUCUUCUAAUUGGUUGUUGUCCUCCUCUGUUCUUAUUCUACUCAGUCAGCCCACUUGGCUGCUCACCACCAUUCAUCCCCAAUUCUUGAAUCUUGAUAACCCUCAGACUGUAUUUUUGUAAAGUCCAAAUUUUUUUUUUCUUUUUGUUCAAUCAGCUGGUAACGAUACAUUUUUAUUUCCUGUUCGUUGCAUCUGUGUUAAUUUUAAAGAUUGUAGCUUUUUGUGGGUUUUUGAGUUUUUCUUUUUGUUUUCUUGGGGGCACGGUGAAGAAUGGGAGGAGUGUGCUCAAAUGGGAUAAACAAGAGGAGUAUCAACAAAUCGGAGCUAGAGGAAAGAAACCAUGAGCAUCACGACAAAAGUUCUGGGUUUUCUGGAAAGCUCAAGUCUGGGAAGAGUUCAGGGGGAAAGCAGCAGAAUAAGAUUGAUGAUUCUUCCCAUGCAUAUCCUGAUUUCGAUGCUUUUGAGAAGACUUCAAAUCUCUAUGAUUCUGGUGAAUUGCAAUUAUCUUUUUCUAGAGAAUUGAAACCUUCUACCCCCGCAAGGACACCUGCAGCUGCCAAGGGGCCUCAAGUGAGCUCAUUUCUUGGAAAGGCUGGGAUAGCAGGACUAGAAAAGGCAGUCGAAGUACUGGAUACAUUAGGUAGUAGCAUGUCAAAUUUAAAUAACAGUGGAUUUAUCGGUGGCAUGGCUUCAAGAGGGAACAGAAUAGCUAUCUUGGCAUUUGAAGUUGCCAAUACUAUAGCCAAAGGAGCAAAUCUAUUGCAAUCCCUUUCUGAAGAUAAUAUCCGCUUUCUGAAAAAGGAAAUUCUACAUUCUGAAGGGGUACAACAGCUAGUCUCUACUGAUAUGAAGGAGCUGCUCAGCAUUGCAGCCACUGACAAAAGGGAGGAAUUUGAUGUCUUUUCUCGAGAAGUCGUUAGAUUUGGGGAUCUGUGUAAAGACCCACAGUGGCACAACCUGGGACGAUUCUUUUCAAAGUUGGACUCAGACCCUGUAAAUCCUAAGCUACCAAGAGAAGAGGCAGAAAUGACCAUGCAAGAAUUGACAUCGCUGGCUCAGCAUACUUCUGAACUAUAUCAUGAAUUCCAUGCUUUGGACAGAUUUGAACAAGAUUAUCGUCGGAAGCUUGAGGAAGUUGACUCCUUGCACCUUCCUCGGAAAGGUGAAAGUCUCAUGAUAUUACAAAGUGAGCUAAAACAUCAAAGAAAACUCGUUAGAACCUUGAGAAAGAAAUCUCUGUGGUCUAAACCUUUGGAGGAGGUUGUUGAGAAACUGGUUGAUGUAGUUACCUUUAUACAUCAAGAGAUUUCAGAUGCAUUUGGAGAUAAUGGGUUGGUGGCUAGUGGGAGAGAGCCUACUAAACCAGAAAGACUAGGUGUAGCUGGUCUUGCUUUACAUUAUGCUAAUUUAGUUACUCAAAUUGAUAAUAUUGCAUCACGCCCGACCUCUCUUCCUCCUAAUAUGAGAGAUACUUUGUAUAAUGGGCUGCCUCCCAGCAUCAAGACAGCUCUACGCUCCCGGUUACCACCAACAGAUGCCAAGGAAGAGCUUACAGUUCCUCAAAUUAAGGCCGAAAUGGAAAAAACUCUACAGUGGCUUGUUCCUGUUGCUGCAGAUACUACAAAAGCGCAUCAAGGCUUUGGGUGGGUUGGAGAGUGGGCAAAUUCAGCAGGGACUGAAUUUGGUAAGAACACGAACAAAAGUACCAGCCUCAUUCGCUUGCAGACACUGUAUCACGCUGAUAAAAAGAAGAUGGAUACAUACAUCCUUGAAUUGGUGACUUGGCUUCACCGUCUCAUCAGCCUGGUAAAGUAUCGGGACACUGGAGCCAAGGUUCUGCCAAGCCGGUCCCCAACUCGCAAGGGGCUGAAUAUGCAGGGUGAGGUGUUAACCAACAACAGCAAUGUCCACGGAGCUCAACUUUCCCUGGAAGACAGGAACCUGUUGGAGGAGGUUAUGAAAAGGAGAAAAGUAGUUCCUGGGAGAAGCAAAAGCCAGGAGUUCGUUGUGGCCAAGAAGGGAAGCAAAAAGGUGUGGGCGCUCAGUCGGAGCACUGGAAGCUCGCCAAGAAUAGAGUUGGGACAUCCAAAAGCUAAUGUUUUAGACAUACUAGACGGGUUAGAUAACUCAUUUGGAGCUCUUCCAUAAGAUUUUAAAGCUGAGCAUUAUUUAUUUUUUAUUUCA